GUCAUUUCCGAUCGUUAUCGACGGACGCAAUUUUGGACUGAUAGGGUAUAUGAAAACAUGGAUAAAGGUUGUUCAUAGACACGAUUAAAUGUUACGGUACGACUUAUAUAAAAAGACCAACGAAAACCUGCGAUUCCAAAAAAAAGGAAAGGAAGUAAAUAAGGUACCGUUGAAAUAAAUAGUUUUUUUUAAAAUUUCAUAGAUAUUUUUAUGGAUUAUUAAACUGUGACGCGAUGAUGCACUUCCCCAUUAGCAUGGAUGGAUAGUAGUACCGCCUUUCGGUUAGGUGCUACAUAGAGUUUUGUGAUAGGGAUCGCAGUUCAAAACAGUCACGGAAAUAUGAAAGAUAAGGAGUAACCGAAAAAGGAAAAAGGCUGGGAAAGAAUAAGGAAACGUCUAAGACAGGAAAAUAAACAUCAGAAAGAAAUAGAAUUUCAAAAGUCGUUUGUCCGAUUAUCGGCAAUUUAUCCCCUUGCACUCAAUAUAAACCAAUAUCUAUAUCUAAAGUUGGCUUAUAUUCUAAUAUUGUAUAAAGCAUAGUUAGCUAUCAACAAUUCUCUCGAUGGUGUAGUUGGUUAUCACACCCGGCUGUAAUUUCAAAGAUACCGGUUGGUCGCUAGUUCGAAUCUGGCUCGAGAGAUGUUUUUGUCUUUGUUUAGCAAACAGCAAACUGAGUAGAAACAUUACUCUCCCUUUAUCGAGUACAGUUGUGUGGUUUCAUCCUGCAUCGUGUUUAUCCUUUUACGUAUAAGCACUGGAUUUUCCUGCAUAUACACAGGUUUUUAUUCACAAAUAAGUUUUCUUCAUUCAUUUCUUUUUGUUGGCUGUUUUUCAUUGUUUAUUUUUGUCUUCCUUCUUUGUUUACUCUAUCCUUCUGACUAUCGAUUCUUUUUCCUUUUCCCAAUCUCCCAUACAUUUACUGUGUCUAUUUUCUUUUCUACUUAGAUUGGGUUUCUUAUUCUUUGUUUUUUAGGCACAAUGGGCAUAUUUGCCAUUCCUCGGGUUUUUUCUUCAUGUUCCUCUGCUUCUUCACGACACCCGGAUUUUCAUUCUUUACAACUUGAAACUCGUGGUACUUGGCUUCCUACGUUUACCUCCCAUUUACAGCUCGAAUAUACAAUCAUCCCUCUUGCUAACAAGACUCCACUUCCUCUUCCCUUGCUCCAUCUCUUCCUUUGCCCUUUUGCUAUCCCUCGUCUUUGCUUUCGUCUGUAUUCUCCAGAUGGCGUAUGCUCCCUUGAAUUUGUGCGUGAUACCGCUUCAUCAUCUAUCCUUGCUUAUCUAAACCGCGAAGACGAUUGUUCUGCCCCUCCGCGCCUUCGCUUUUCUUGCAUUGAUGAACUCCUUCAAUUAUCAGCUUCCUUGGACAGCUCUUCCAGCACUUCUCCCCAUUUCCAAGAACAUCCGUCCAUUAUCUCUCUUUCCGAUAAUUCUUCUUCUUCGUCUCCUGCCUCUUCAAGCUCCGAUGCCUCGUUUGAGUCGUCUGAUGCGUCCUUUGAUUAUACUACUCUUACAAAUACUCAGGACCCUCUUGUCUGCCUCGACCUUGUGGACGACUCUUUCUCCUUAACUGUCUCGGAUACAAAUCAGGUAAUCAAAACUGUACUUCUUGUGGAUUUGCAAGUUCCCAUCUUUCGUGAUUUCCUUUCCCUAGAAAAAUAUGUCCCUCUUUCGUUCCUUCCUCACAACUUUGAUAUCACCCUUUCCUUCCAAUCCCCCGUUUCUUCUCCUCAAUGCACUCUGCAACUGUCCCUGGACCAAGUCAAUACAUCCAUUCCUAAAUCUACACAGACACGUUUAAAGGCGUUCAACAAAGGAAAACGUGAAAUACAAUCUGCAGAUGCUCAGCAAACUUUUUGUUGGCCGCCAUUUUCAGUCUCAGAUUUUACUUUUAAAUUUGGUUCUCAAUUACGCUUGUACCAAAAGCCCCUUUCAGUUUGGCGUCCCGAAAGCUCCUUUUGUACUCUUACUGCCGAAAUUCAAACUAUUCCUUUAAAUCCAGAAGCCUCCUCCUUUGAAAUUUCCUGCAAACUUACUUUUAUUUGUGAAACUUUUAAAUAUUUUAAACUUCUCCCUUCUUCUCAAAUAUCAUCAUCCAAUGUUUCCAACUUAAAACCACGAUUUUUUAUGCUUGUCUCUGAAUCUUUUAUUAAUCAAGACUUAUCAAAGUUAGCCCCAUUUCGGCUUAUUGGCACAGAUCCACCUAAUUCAGCAAAUGUUAGUUUGCCAGGUCUUCGUAUUUGUGAAUUCGAAGCUGGCUUCCCAUUUUCUAGCUGCUCCUAUUCUUUUAUGUUUCAGCAAGUCAUUGAAUCUGGCGCAAAAGCUUCCGUGCCAAUGAUUUUGUCUCCUUUGCCAUCUCUGUGUAGUCUAAAGAUUGAGCGACCUCCUUUUCCUUGUGAAGUCAUCGUCCCACAUGCUGCGGUUACAGACUCCUGGAUUCCCAGCAAUUUGAAACAAUUGAAUGUCCUUUCUUAUCAUCGGAAAAGUUCUAAUCCUUGUAUACGACCCUUCCAAUUUUAUGUAAGCAAACUGCCUUCCUUCUCUAGUCCCGAAUUUCCUUGGCCAAAGGAGUAUACUUGGAUCAGUUCUUCCACUCUUUCAAUCCAGCCCUCAGAUGGUGGUAUGGACGUCCUAUUGUCCCUAAACCUUGUUUCUUCCUUGAAACCAGGGAUGGAACUCAUCCGUGUUGGCCAGCCUAAAUACUCUUCAUUAAGUUGGGGCAUGGUUAAUGGUCAUCCGAAAACUGAACAUCGUUUGGUUCUUUUUGAGAGUGGUGAGGUUGUAUUAUUUCAAGGUCAUUAUCCAACUUCUUCCGUUGACAUUUGCUGGAGCAUUAAAUCUGUGUAUGAAAAAUGCUCAAACUUUACAUCUCUUAAACUUCCAAUUCCCACCCCAAAUGUGUCCUAUCUUGUCCCAACUACGGUUUGUAUUCAGUCAACAUCUUAUUUCCUUGCUGGGUACAUUAAUCCUAAUAGCAAACGAACAAUGCUUAAGCAACCCGUUUCAAUCAUUCAACUGGCAUGGAAUAGUCAAAUAGUGUCGGACUUAAUCCUCUGUUUUGAAUUUGAAGAACAAAACUUUGAUGAAACUAGUGUGUUGAUAAAUGAUUAUGAGAAAGUUGUACAUCCUGCUCCUGAUUCUUGGCAAAUCUUCCGUUCUCGUUUACAAUCUUUGCUUUUAUUUUUAAGUUGUCUCGGAAUUUCAUUACUUCUAGUAUAUCAACUAACUUUACCACUUGAAGCAGUAACUGAUCAAGCCUCGUUUUUAGCUACACCUUUACCAAAGAAUUUUGAAAAACAUGAAGAUUUGAAAAGCUUACAAGUUAAACUCUUACAAGUUCAAGCGAUUAAUCAGAAACUGCAAGAACAACAUCAAACAACAACAAAAGAAAUAUACAAAACUGUCUCUAUUACUAGCUGUACAAAUAUCGAAUAUAUUAGCACACCCACGAGGCUGUCUAGUUUGGAGCUUGAAAAGCAGCAAUUUCAAAAUGCGUUUGGAUUUUUGCGUUUCAACAAGAAAAACGAUGCAACUAAUUGAAAAAUUUCCUACUGAAUAUAUUAGUGGAUUGAUUUUCUCAUAUUUAUUUUGACUGUAUAAUAGCAAUAAUAUGCUGGAUAAUAUUAAAUUGCA